UGGAGAUGCAUGCAGUAGAAUUAGGGCUGGAUGGAUGAAGUGGAAAGAAGCGAGUGGUGUGUUGUGUGACAGAAAAAUUCCAAUGAAGCUGAAGGGAAAAUUCUAUAAAACAGCCAUAAGACCGGCUAUGAUGUACGGAACUGAAUGUUGGGCAGUAAAAAAGAAAGAGGAACAACGAAUGCAUGUGGCGGAAAUGAGAAUGCUUAGAUGGAUGAGUGGAGUGACAAAGAAGGAUAAAAUUAGAAAUGAGUAUAUUAGGGAAAGUCUAGGUGUGGCACCAAUUGAUGCCAAAAUGAGAGAGUAUAGGUUAAGAUGGUUUGGUAAUGUUCAACGUCGAGACGUUAAUUACCAAUACGAAGAAUAGCUGAAGUGCAGAUUCCUGGAAGAAGUAGGAGAGGAAGACCAAAGAAGACCUGGGGGGAGACGAUAAGGCAGGACAUGUUGGUAAAGGGGAUUAACAUUGAUAUGACCCAAGAUAGAAUUGUGUGGAGAAAUGCAAUUAGGGAAGCCGACCCCGCAUAGGG